AUGUCAAGGAUCCAAAAAAGCCUUCUUGGCACCCUUGGCCAUACAAAUUCCCCGCAGGUCUCAACGUCAUCUACUGGCUGCCUCAAGUGGUCGUACGGUAGCGGUGAAUACACUAUGGCCCAGGUAGGAAGCUCGGUCGCGCUUUAUACCGCGAUUGGAUGCUAUCCUGAGCGAACCAUGGGUACAAAAGAAACCUCUGGCGGCUGCCUUCUCUCAUAA